ACCCUGCGGACGUCUCGUUCGCGGCUAGGGUUUUGUCGAGGGUGCCUUCGAUGGGGAAGGGAACUGGGAGCUUCGGGAAGCGGAGGAACAAGACCCACACCCUCUGUGUCCGCUGCGGCCGCCGCAGCUUCCACCUCCAGAAGAGCCGCUGCGGCGCCUGCGGAUACCCUUCCAGCAGGAUCCGCAAAUAUAACUGGAGCGUGAAGGCGAUCCGGAGGAAGACGACGGGGACUGGGAGGAUGAGGUACCUCCGCCACGUCGCACGCCGCUUCAAGAGCAGUUUCCGCGAAGGUACGCAAGCAACCCCCAGGAAGAAGGCUGUGGCUGAGGCAUAGUUGAAAUACGCAGGAAAGAGUGAAAUUUUUAUUCAUGGUAAAAGUAUGGUGUUGCAGAUGAUGGAUUAUUGCCCAGCUUGAGGUGUGUCAUUCAACUAAUCAGAGUUUGUGCUAUGAGGAACCGAUACACUGAUGGAAGAUGAGAUUGCUGGAUCAACUAUAUUAUUAUCCAAACAUAGAAUGAUUCAAAUAUGUUCCCAGCAAGUUCUAAUUUUCUGUACUUAUUAGUUCCUUGUGUUCGAAAUCAAUAAAUGCAGAGGAUUGCUUCAAUGUUUGGCAUCAUAGAUUAAAGUGUGAAGUUGUAACUUGUGCUAGCAGCAUAAACUGAGGAGGAUUGCA